AUGAAGCCCUCAUUUUUAUGCUAUAACAGUGCAUUAUAUCAAAAUUUUAGGCCUUCUAAUGGGAAGUAUGUCAAGGGUCUAUAUGAAUUCUUUCAAAAGACUCCCGAAGAUCAAUACGUCACUUUGCCCAAAGCGAGAUACUUGGUAACAGGUCGUUCAUGGACAGCCUCAGAACUUCGCAGGAAAUCUUUUGAAGAUUUACACAAACUAUGGUAUGUUUUACUUAAGGAGCGUAACCUACUUGCCACCAUGUACGAAGAAGCAAAACGUUUCAAUAAACUAAAGGAUAGCAGAUGGAAAGAAAGACAUGACGAAAGAACCUUUAAGACUCAGAAAUCAAUGGCCAGAAUUAAACUCGUUUUGAGUGAGAGAAGAGUUGCCUACGAAUAUGCAAGAAGGAAAGAUCCGCAGUUGUUUGGUUUAACUGAAGCUCCUAAAUCACAAAAGUUUUAUAAAGAUGACGGAAAGCCAAACUUUUGGAGGGAUGGUAUUAGUAGACUUCGAGCCAGGACUGCAUCAAGAAUACAAUAG